CUGAUCAGGGUCCGGUGGAAAUGGAACCGGAAAAAAAUUGAGGGGCAAGCCGCUGACAUUUCGGGGAAAACGCAGGGCGCGAAGGCUCAGCAGAAGCGCGACCGCAACGCACAGAACGCCAAGCCCAAGGGCUCUCAGCUCAAGGUGAACGCCGCCGCCAAGGACAUCCAGUGCCAGAUCUGCAAGUCCACCUUCCUCAAGACCACCAAGGCUCCCGCUCUUACCGAGCACGCCGAGAACAAGCACAGCAAGGGUCUUGCUGACUGCUUCCCCGCCUUUGUUGCCGCAUAA